CGCAGCCCGGGCUUGGGCGCGAGCGCCGGGGCCGAGCCGCCGAGAUGCUGAGGGCUGCGGAGCCGCGGCCCGAGGAGGCGGGGGCGGCCAGCUGCAGCGCCCAGGCCGCACUUCCCUCCCAGUCCAAGCCGCUCACCUCCUUCCUCAUCCAGGACAUUCUGCGGGACGGCCCGGAGCGGCGCGGCAGCCACGCGGGCAGCUCCCAGCCCCCGCGCCAUCCACAGCCCCCGCGCCGGCCGGACCCGAAGCGAGACCCUGAGCCGGAGUUCGGGGGAGGAAGGGGAGGCUCCGGGGCGCCCGAGGACGAGCCGAGCGCCCGGCCCCACACUGCGCCAGGGGAGGCCGAGACGCCGGCGGACACCGAGCCAGAUAGGCACUUUGAGACUUAUCUGUUGGACUGUGAAAACACUUCAGACGCCUUACCACGCCUUCCUCAAACCCCCAAGCAGCCGCAGAAGCGCUCCCGUGCCGCCUUCUCCCACAGUCAGGUCAUUGAGCUAGAGAGGAAGUUUAGCCACCAGAAGUACCUGUCAGCCCCGGAAAGGGCCCACCUGGCCAAGAACCUCAAGCUUACCGAGACCCAAGUGAAAAUAUGGUUCCAGAACAGACGCUAUAAGACCAAGCGAAAGCAGCUCACCUCGGACCUGGGCGACCUGGAGAAGGCCCCCUCCUUGCCAUCUUUGAAAGAGGAGGCCUUCUCCCGGGCCUCCCUCAUCUCCAUGUAUCACAGCUAUCCUUACUACCCCUACCUUUACUGCUUGGGAGGCUGGAGCCCGGCCUUCUGGUAACGCCAGCUCAGAUGACAACCAUGCGUGAUCAAAAACUGCCUUCCCCAUGUUGUCUCUCUGGAAGGCAAAAGGGGCUGGGAGGACUGGGGAGCAAGAGGCGUGCAGACCACAACUGUUGGAGGUUUGCAUGGAAAUCCCAGAUUCUUCACUGGUGGGCUGAUGAAAGAUCUGGGACGGUGAAUAAUUUAAUAUCCAGAUAGUCCCCCCACACAUAACGUAAGUCAGUUUUGCUCUUCGAGACCUGCUGUAAGUGGGGAGGGAUAAAGCCAGGUGCUGUGUCUAGCACUUUGUAUGACUUCAUAUGAGCUGUCCACAUCACUGCUGAGGAUUCCGUUCCUACAGCUCCAUCCUCUUGUGUAAGUGAGCAUCA